GGGCAGACAGCAUUUGAUGUGGCAGAUGAAGAUAUUCUGGGCUAUUUAGAAGAAUUACAAAAGAAGCAGAAUCUGCUUCACAGUGAAAAACGAGAAAAGAAAUCUCCCCUAAUUGAAUCCACAGCCAACAUGGAUAAUAAUCAGACACAGAAAACAUUCAAAAAUAAGGAGACAUUGAUUAUGGAGCAAGAAAAGAAUGCAUCUAGUAUAGAGUCUUUGGAGCAAGAAAAAGCAGAUGAGGAAGAAGAGGGAAAGAAGGAUGAAUCCAGUUGUUCUAGUGAAGAGGAAGAAGAUGAUGACUCAGAAUCUGAAGCAGAGACAGAUAAAACCAAAACCUUGGCAGCUGUAACUAAUAAUGCAAAUAACACAAAUACACAAUCAGCAUCGGUAGCUGUGACAGCACCUUCAGUAGCCGGUGGCCAAGGGGCACCUACAUCACCUGUUAAGAAGUUCCCAACAUCUACGACCAAGGUUUCUCCCAAAGAAGAAGAGAGGAAAGAUGAAUCUCCUGCUUCAUGGAGGUUAGGUCUUAGAAAAACUGGUAGUUAUGGUGCACUUGCAGAGAUUACUGCUUCCAAAGAAGCACAGAAAGAAAAGGACUCUGCAGGUGUUAUGCGUUCUGCUUCAAGUCCUAGACUUUCCUCUUCACUGGACAACAAAGAAAAGGAGAAAGAUGGGAAAGGAACUAGACUUGCCUAUGUUGCACCUACAAUACCAAGACGACUGGCCAGUACCUCUGACAUUGAUGAAAAAGAAAACAGGGACUCGUCUGCUAGCUCAAUACGUGGUGGCAGUUCCUACACCAGGAGAAAAUGGGAGGAAGAUGUCAAGAAAAACAGUUUGAAUGAAGGCCCUACAUCGUUAAACACAAGUUAUCAAAGAAGUGGCUCCUUUGGUAGAAGACAAGAUGAUUUGAUUAGUUCUAAUGUUCCAAGUACUGCAUCAACAGUUACCUCUUCUGCUGGUCUUCAGAAAACACUGCCUGCCAGCACAAACACUACUACAAAGAGUACAACGGGUUCUACUUCAGCGGGUGUACAGAGCAGUACCUCAAAUCGUUUGUGGGCUGAGGAUAGUACUGAGAAAGAAAAGGACAGUGUUCCUACAGCAGUGACCGUUCCUGUUGCACCAUCUGUUGUAAAUGCUACAGCCACUACCACAGCCAUGACUACAGCUACUUCUGGCACUGUGUCCUCAACAUCAGAGGUCAGGGAGAGACGGAGAUCAUACCUCACUCCAGUACGAGAUGAAGAGUCAGAGUCCCAAAGAAAAGCUAGAUCCAGGCAAGCAAGACAGUCUAGAAGAUCUACACAGGGUGUAACGCUGACAGAUCUUCAAGAAGCUGAAAAAACUAUAGGAAGAAGUCGUCCCACGCGAACCAGAGAACAGGAAAAUGAAGAAAAAGAAAAAGAAGAGAAAGAAAAGCAAGACAAAGAAAAGCAAGAGGAAAAGAAAGAAUCUGAAACUAAAGAUGAUGAUUAUAGACAAAGAUAUUCCCGAACUGUUGAAGAGCCCUAUCAUCGCUACAGACCAACUUCGACUUCAACUUCUUCAUCAUCCACCUCUUCGCUGUCCACCUCUGCUAGCUCUCUUUCAGCUUCAAGUCAGCUAAACAGACCAAACAGCCUUAUAGGUAUAACUUCGGCCUAUUCUCGGAGCGGAACAAAGGAAAGUGAGAGAGAAGGGGGCAAAAAAGAGGAAGAAAAGGAAGAAGAUAAGUCACAGCCUAAGUCUAUAAGGGAAAGGCGGCGACCAAGAGAAAAACGACGAUCUACAGGAGUUUCUUUUUGGACUCAAGACAGUGAUGAAAAUGAACAGGAACAUCAAUCUGAUUCAGAAGAAGGAACAAAUAAGAAGGAAACUCAGAGCGAUAGCCUUUCAAGGUAUGAUACGGGAUCCCUCGGCAUGUCUUCGGGUGAUCGUUAUGAUUCAGCACAGGGGCGAUCGGGCUCACAGAGCUACCUUGAAGAUCGAAAACCGUACUGCAGUAGACUAGAAAAAGAAGAUAGCACUGAUUUUAAGAAGCUUUAUGAACAGAUUCUAGCUGAAAAUGAAAAACUGAAAGCACAGUUACAUGAUACCAACAUGGAACUUACAGAUCUUAAGCUACAGUUGGAGAAGACCACUCAGAGACAAGAAAGAUUUGCUGACAGAUCACUCUUGGAAAUGGAGAAAAGGGAAAGAAGAGCUCUAGAAAGAAGGAUAUCUGAAAUGGAAGAGGAACUAAAAAUGCUACCAGACCUGAAGGCAGACAACCAGAGGCUAAAAGACGAAAACGGGGCCUUGAUCAGAGUUAUAAGCAAACUUUCCAAAUAAAGGGUUUACUACAGCAGCAGAUAACGGUAUUGCACAUCACGAGUAACUCCAGUGGACCAUAGCGUGGCAGUCACUGGAAGUGUGGGAAGAUCCCUUGGAGACUGUCAUUUUCAGAUAUCCUGCCAAACGCCCUCUUACCUGUGUGUUUUUUUGUAUCAAGAUCAUUGUUUCUGUUAAAAUGCAGCUGCUGAGAAGAUAAAAUGACUGAGAAACCUUGUUUACAGCUACAGCAUAAUAAGGAAAGUGUUCAAGGCCAGAUACGCCUCAGAUAUUUAACCAGUAAGCCUUAGUUGUACAUAAACACUUUUACAUCAACAAAAGCUUUCAGCUCUCACAGAAGACAGUUACUCAAUAACGUUUUUGUUGUGCCACAAUUCCUAGGUUUUUUUCUAUACUCAGUUUUUCUUUAAAUCUUAAGUUUGGAGGUUGUUUGUUUUUGUUGGGUUUUUUUCCCUUCUAAUUAUUCAUGUACCAGAUUUUCUUGUACAGUUUUCACAGCUUUACCAUUUGCAGAGACCACACACCCUUUUAAAUUACAUGUUUGUGUAGCUACCUAGAGUUGUAUCGUCCAGCCACCUGGAACAGAGCUGUCUGGUGGAACAUUUGCUUUCACUGUUUGUGCAAUAUGCAUUUAUUUCCUAUACAAAAUGCUUUAAAAGUCAGUUGAAACUAGAAAUAUUUUAAGAGUCCUGUUUUCUGCCUUUAUUGGUCACUUUAAAAAAAAAAAAAAAAGCGUUUGUAGUGAAAGAUGUUAGAUCCUGUAUCCGUCACAUUCAUUUGAGCAGGUACUGAGUGAUGCUGUAUAUAUAAAUGUGGUUUGGUUCUUCAGACCACCACGUGGCAUGCUUGAAUAUAUUUCCCUACUGCAAAUGUCUGUUAAUGCAAAUUAGGCUACUCCAGAAUAGCGUGUUUAACAAAAUCCAUUAAUUUUUAUGGCAUAAAGAAUUUAGGCGUUGUACAUUGUAUGGAGCCCUAUCUCUACAAAAGGUCUAAACUAUAUGAAAUCCUUUAUUAUCUUUUCCUCCCAUGUUUUUUUUUUUUUAUUUGAUAGUGUUCACCAUAAUAAAAAGUUGCAUAAAUAUAACUGCUUCACUACAUUUCACAUACCCGUAUUUAUCUGAGUGCUGUCCAAAACUGUUGUGCUAGCCAAAGUAACGUACUAAACCCUUCGACAGACACAGCCCGUUACGCUCGCAGUGAUGUUUGUGUGCACUGUUGUCGCCGUGCGAGAAGGUGUCCGAUUUGAUAACACCCGUCACGUCAGACCAUUUUAUACAUUUCAGUGGCCUUUAAAAACAAAGAAAGUACUUCAGUGAAAAUGGCUUUUAAAACAGCUUUUGUAUUUUCACGAAACCAUUCAGACGACGACAUCCUGUUGGCACAUAGCUCAUUGCCCCAGACCACUGAGCGGCUCAGCCGUUGAGACAAAUUGUACAUUGCAAAGCCUGCGGUAGCUCUUGUAUUAUGGAUUAUAUUGUAUACGAUAUUAAAUGUGAAUUUGUACCCCUUCAUUGAAAAAGGUCAUUGUGUUCUACUGCCUACGGGGGGCGGGGUUAGUUUUACGGGGGCGGGGCGUGCUUUGGUGAGCAAGACGCGAUGUCCUCUCGCUGUUGAUUGGUUUUUUGAAGAUGUAAGGUUAUGCUCUUACUACCAAGCUCAGGAUUCUUGAUUUUAAAGGUACACGGAUAGUUUGAGGUAUCUUACUGCAGUUGAGCUGUAUGAGAGGUGGGUCUGAACCACAGGGACUUCCGUUGUCUCACGCGGACGUAAAACACAGAAGCGGAUGGCUGCAACGCGUUGAGUUCUGUUACAAGACAGUUAGGCGUAUCCUGGAUUAUAUUUGGUAAAGUUUGGGUGCCUGUGAAUGAUUAAAUACGUGUUUCUAAUAUUUUAGUGUUUUAUAUUUAGGUUAUUUAUUCUUUAUAUCUAAAAAAUGAAUGGCUACUGUGCUAUAUUGAUUUUAUUGGUAGUACUGAGCAGACCUUGUAUCUGCAUGAAACUAGUUGCGAAACCCACUAUUUUGGAAAAAAAAAAAAUUGUAUUUUGACAUAUACAAAUAAAAUGGAUACAAACUA